CUAAUUUCAUUGAGUUCCACCGAUUUAGCGAAAAUGUUUUCUGCUUUCACCCUGCUCUCGACAGUUCAUUUUCAAAGAUAUUCAAAAUGCAACUUUGGACUACAUUACUAGAUCAAUGAAAUGCACCUAGUACUGCGUUCAUGUUUACUCUGUUGACUUUUUCAACCAGUAAAAAGUCAAAAACUUACUAACCUGAAAAUAAAAGAAUUUCAUGUUAAAAGCGUCUGUUUGGGCCGUGCUCAAUAUAUUAGUUUUUGUGUGCGUUUUUAUAUUUUAAACUUAAAUAGUUCAAAAACGUUGGUGAAAUAACUUUGAAUAAGUUUAAUAAUUUUGACACUGGCGUAAGACAACACCAAACAUCAUGGAUGUAGACAACGAUGACGAUGAUGUCAUGGAAGUCUCCGUUCUAUUCAACGGAAUGAACGAUAUUACCGACGAUAUCGAGAAUGAUUUACUGUUUACACCCAUGCGAUUGAGUCGUUGCAUAUCUACCGGAAUACAUGGAGAAAUGAUCACGCAUGUGAUUUGGCCGCGAAAGUUAACACCGAAAGUUUCAAACGAUCCAAGAGAACUUGAAACAGCAUUGGUCGCUCUUUUGGUAGACACUGUGGAGAAUAUCGCAGAAGCCAGUGAUUGGUUAGCGGGCAGUUCAAAACUAUUUCUCGGACUAUACAACACGAUGACGUCGCCCGAUGCUCAAAUAAUAGCAUCGGAGAUUAAUCGAUUGAAGGAAGGAGACAUGUUUGGCUUUUUCGUUAAAAGUCAAAACUGCGGAAUAUCCAUUUACAUUCCACCGACCGGCGAUUCAUCGAUUGGAUCAACAACAUCGGCAAUAGUUUCAACUUUUCCAGUUCUGAUUCCGAAUGAGGAGGUCUAUUCAACGGCAGACCAUAGCGAGUUUCAGAUGGAGCUACCAAAUCAAUCGGUUGCAGUUGCGUUCUCGUCAUUGUUGAAUUCGAAAGAGUUCAGCCAACAAUUGGAAUACCUCAACGACAAUGCCGUUAAUGAAAGCAUGAAUAAUACAUACGUGUCCCAGUGGCUGGUGCCAAUGCUUUCCAUGCAUCAAAAUUCCGUUUUGCAGCACAACGAAUUUCCGAUAAUAUCGAAAAAGAUCCGAGAUGACGUAAUUGCAUGGAAGCAAAAUUAUCAGAUGCAGUCAUUUCGCCGCUGUGCGUUCUGGACAUUCAUGAAGGCAUUGCUGCAGUUCCACUUGACCGUGCAAUGGGGCGAUGUGAUCGGGAAAAUAAUGUACAAGUUGGUGCUGCUGAAAGUGAUGGCAGUUUUGUGUAAUUAUUACGACACGAAAAUGUACGGCAGCCUGAGCGUAGACGUUGUUCUGCAUAUGCUUGCCAAAUUGGCACGUCGCAUCGAAAAGAUCAAUAAUCUGUUGUCGGUACUGGACGACGAAUAUUUGGAUAGGUUUGAAGCAUUUCCGAAUGGCUUCGAAGACACGUACACCACCAUAAUGGAUGAAGUGAAACAGGUGAUUUCGAAAGUGAAAGCAAAGCUGGACCAGCAAAUAGCGCAAGUGCAAAAGGACCAUGAAGAGAACUCAACAUUGACACCCCUGACCGAUCUCGACUUCGAAACCGACGUCCACCAAAAGAUACCAAACUUACGACAGUAUUUAACCGAUCGAAGUGCUGCCACUCCAGCGGAUGCUAACAAUGGAAGCAUAAUUGUCAAAUCUUACACACGUCAUGGCAUCGACUCACUAGAAGCUCCGGACGUAGAACUGUUCGACACGCUUAAAGAUCCGGUAGAUGUCGGCAUUUUCUUGUGCGACUUUGAAAAUUGGAUUCUUUACACACUGAACAACAUCAAUAUCGGCCCUGAACGCAUGAGAUCGUUAUCAUUUGCUUACGCUCGGUUAGCUGCUCAACAUUACAAGAACAAUCCGUUGGGCUUCAGUCGAACUGUUCUAGCACAAACCAUGAUUUUGUCACUGAUGGACAAAAUGGCUACAGCAACACACGAAAUGUUGAAGAAACAUCGGGCCGGCAUCAAUCCGGAUAUAUUCGACAAUUUGAUACUGCCUCAGUAUGAAGACUGCGAAAUUGCUCACAAUCUGAAAAAGUAUUUUUUGAAGCGUUCGAAACCAGAUUUACCGUCACUGAUUGAACAGCAAAAGGUGACAUCGGAUUCAUUUUCCGUGCAAUUUGCCAUGGAAAACGAUGCCAUGCAAAAUGUUAUGCAAUCCAUCGAACAAUCAACGAAAACAGCUUUGGCGACAUUGGAAGAAGAAUAUGAAAUGCGACGCAGGGAAGUGGCGGAGUUGAGAAAGAGAUUGAAAGGCAUGAACUGUGAAUACUAUGUGAAUGCGAACGGAAAAAGGGAGCACAAAAGCUCGUGUGGCAGUUGUAAGCUCGAAGCGAAAAUAAGUGGCGUCCGGGUAUCAACAAUCGAGGAUCCGCUUCCGGAAAGUCCCGACGAACAAAACGCCGUUGCUUUUGAACUUUGCAUACCAAUUGAAAUUGCUUGUUUGCGAGAUGUUCUCCAUGUGGUGGUAGAUCUGCUGAAUGAACCUGCUAAGAAAAUACGAAUCAGCGAAAAAUGGAUUGCAAUGGAUGUGCUUGAAGAUUACAAUGUUCGUUCAGCUAGCCAACGUGUAUUUUUGGGCACGAGCGUCAAUGCAAAACACGGACGCACUCGUACAAGUGGUGUGCAUCCGGACGAUCCGUUUUAUAAGUGCAGAUUAAGAAACAGUCGGAACUGCAUAUUAUACGCGUGCACUGAUAGGGUCGCGACACAUAUACCAACCAACAUCGACAGUCAAUCAGCCAACAAAGGUCCCACCCUGACUGUUGAAAAGGGAUCAGCAUACGAAAAUCUGCAGUGGACAUUGAGCGGAACGGUUCACACUCAAAAUCAGGUUAUAGCUCGGCAAUGCGAAUGUCCGCAGAGUCUCACACUGUGUGAAUUCAAGAAUUUCGGCUCUCUUCGUGCGGAUGGCCAUCGGCUACAGCUGCGUAAGUUGUACGCAAUGAUCGAAACUGAAUGUUUGUCAUUCGAAACGUUGUCCGUGCAAGCUCUUAUUAUGCAAACGCUCUGGGAAAAGGGACCGAGUAAUCCGUUAGCUGAUCAGUGGAAUGAAUCGCAUGCAGACUUUACAGAUCCGAAGUUUGCCGGUGCUAUGAUCGAACUCAUCGAUAAGUUCAUCAACAUGCAGAUAAGUAAUUGGAAACAUCCGUUGAAACUGUUCAUGACUGUUGUGAUUGCUGUACGAGUUUUUGAAAUGAACGAGGAUGAUAAUGUCGCCGAUCGUAUCGUUCAGUUGCUGGUGAAACUGCGUGACAUCGCCUUCGAUUGGAUGCAUAAAGUCCAGACAGCUAUGCACGAAGCUCCCGGUGAUGCCCAGGACGAUGUCGAGAAACUCAGAACGAAUCUGGUCGAAAUUUCUAUCGCAGGAGCUCUAACCUUUUUUGUCCACUUUCGUCAUCGUCACUUCGACAAAAUAUUUACCGGAAGCGUCACAACCGGCAUCACAGCAGUCCGCUUUUGGUUGGAGUUUUUGGUAACAAUUAACGGCAACAUUAUGAUGACCGACAAAGGCUCCAAAAAACAAGACAAAGUCAUGUCAUCACAGCUUAGUCAGGAAAUGUUCCGACGAUUAGUUCAGCAAAUUGCGAUACAACUCGAAUCAACGGUCAAAGGAAUCAUUGUCAACGAUCCGACCGAUGUGUUCAAUUUCGUCAAGUCGCAGUGGAAUCGAUCUCGAGAUGCAAUUUUUCGGCUAAAGCCCAUUGAGGAACAUCCCGAAACGUUGGUCAUUUCGGCAACAAUUGACGGUGUGGAACAUUUCGUUCAAAUCGGAACUUUGACUGGGGAAUUUCUGGUAAACAAUUUGCCUGUGUCUCGGCUACCGAAGACCAUCACCGAACACCCGGUUUAUCAGCGAGUCUUCGAAAAAUUUAUAUUCGAAGUACAAGAGUCGUAUGGUCGCUUCGACACAAAAUAUAAGUACAGAGGCAGCCACUACAGUUUUUACGGCAACAACGGCAAAGUUAUUGUAACCGAAAGACGAGGAAACGACGACGAAUGUGAACACAUACCAGAAGACAUUUUUUCCGAAGAGAUUCCAUACCUGCUGGUCCAGAAGCACAGCCAUUGGUGGUGUAAAACGAAGAACACCAUCGAAUUUCGUCCGAUUUGUUUUAGCGAUGCCAACUUUGCGUCGUCGGAAGGAAUUCAAUACGAAUUGGAUUUGAAUGCCGGGAAACUGUUGCACAAAAAGACGAACAAAGUGAUGUUGGACGUAACAAGCGAAAGCUAUAAAAAAAUCGUCAGCCAAUUGGCACGCAUCGAGUCGAAGAAGUACAUUCACAUUUUCAUGGACAAGCCACGGAUCGCGAAAAUCGAAUUGGUUCGAAUGAACAUCAAAUUCCUAAUCGACGCGUCGACACAACAGCAAUCGUACGAUCUCAUUUCCAAUGAAUUUAAUGGCAUGACCGUGUGUAUUGAACAGAAUUGCGGUACGCUGUAUGGUCUGCGACAGGGUUUAUUAUUGGAGAGUUCUACCGAUGGAAAAGCGGAGCAGAACAAGCUGUUGAUCCUUCCGCACGGCAACAUAUCAGCCAAGAAAAAGUAUGAUCACGAAACUGUUGAGAUUAAUAUCGGUUCUGCGCUACACAAUCCACCGUUCUUCAUCUAUCAAAUCGACGAAAUAUGUCAACAGUUGAAAGCCAGCAAUCGCAGCUAUUCGGCUUGGUUCUAUCUGGCAUAUCUUCACGCAUUAACGUCACAUGGCCUACCUGAACCCUUUACUGGAUUGUCUGGAACGGAACGAUCCUUUCAGAUUUUGCAGUCGGCAUUCGUAUGGUCGCCGGCACCAUAUGAAUAUUGCGACGACGAAGCACUUACGAUAUUAGAGUUGAUUCGAAAAUUGGCACCGAGUCGUAGGAUCAAAAACAAUUUACAGUCAUGUCAGUGGCCCGACUUUAUACAGUCUCAUGCCGCCCAGGACGGAUUCAUAUGCAUCGCAAAUCGGUUGAUUGCCGACAGUAAGCGACUGGACGGUUUGUAUUCGAAAAAGAAUCCGUCUGAAGACAAAGACGAAGGAAACGGUAGCAACAAGGAAAUCGAAAUUGAAUUGGAUGUUAACGUGCGAGAGUACUUCCGAUGUUUGCCAUAUUUUCCCAAUUUGCAAUUAUCGGAGACUUUCAUCAAACAUCAGGAUGCGAUUGCAACGCAUUACCUUCACAAUGAAAACGACCAGAACUUGGGCAGUGUUCGCACCAUCUCCAAUUUGUAUCAUCAACAAAAGUUUAUCUCGCCAAAGUCGUUUAGUGUGACAGAUUAUCUAACCAAAGAUGAUGUUGACCUCAAAGGAUCCCUCGAUUUGGAUGUCAACGACGAAAUUCUCGAUACAUUUUCUGCAAAAACUGUCCGAAGUCGGUGGCUGUCGUUGUACAAUAUUGCACGAUCUGGGCAGUUUAGUCGCGAAAAGUUUGCACUGGUUCUCGGAUUGCUGGCGUACGAAAGCACCAGAAAGGACGAUUUGAAGUCUCUCCUGUUGCUCCAGACAGUUGCCGCGAAUCCGACCAUUUUCGAAGGACUGGAUCCACCGGCCGGAGUCAAUACUUUCUAUCUGAAUGAUAGGUCGUUCAACUACAGAUCGAUUGAAAAGAUUUUGGAAGAUCAUUUGACCGAGCCCGACUUUGGCCGCAGAUACAGCGAAAUGAGAGAGAUCCGACAUACGAUAGGCGUGCGCGAUUUCAUUCACAAAAUAGUGACGAACAUUCGCUCUAUGUGGCCUUGUGAUCGAUGCGAUUCAAGCAUUCAUCAGUACACCCAUCCAAAUGUAAAUCUUCGGGAUGCCGUCGUACACAUCAACAAGAAAUUGAGAGAUUGGAGAAACAUCGAACGGCUGAUGGAUUUUCUUAGACAGAUCGACAUACAAGUGCGUCGACUCGGUACUUCCAUGCCGUCUGAUGAGUUAUCACCAUGGUGUCCAGAGAAGUUACCAUUCAAACGUUUCAUCAAAUUCUACGUUGAUUUUGACGCGAAAGUUAUCGCAAAUCUAUCGCAAUUCGACACAGAAGUAUCGGAAUCAAAACGAAUUUCUACUGAACCGGCAAAAACAACUGAAACAGACUGGUGGUGUACCUACAACAGCAUCGCAUCACCGAAUGACGUCAAACAUCUCGUCGAUUCGACAAUGUAUCCACGGCUAGUGUUGAGUUUCGUGCUACCACAACUACUUUCGCCAACACAACAUCCGGACCUGAGAUCAAUAAUCACUGCAGUCGGUGUGCAAAUUGUGCGCGAACAACGUGAUCGCCGCAUACGAAUCUAUGCUCAAAAGCCCGAAAUGAACGUUGCAUUGGAUCAGGAGCUGAAAAAUGAACCGCAUACGAAUUGGCUCCCGUUCGAGUAUCCGGAAUGGUUAAUUUUCGAAAUCGAGCAGAAUGUAACCAUUCGACCCAUACAGAUUGAGGUCGCUCAACGGAUGAUCGAUCCACCGGAAAUUGGGACAAAACAUUCCGUUUUACAGUUGAAUAUGGGCGAGGGGAAAACGUCUGUUAUCGUUCCGCUGCUGGCCACUAAAAUGGCGAACGCACAACAGUUGUGCCAGGUCACUGUCUUGAAAUCAUUGUUCGCAACGAACCAGAAAGAAUUGCGUCAGUGUUUGGGUGGAAUGCUUAAUCGGCGUCUGUACACAUUUCCUUGCCGCCGAGAUAUGCCAAUCGGCAAGUAUGCGGAAACAAUGUUGGACAUUUAUGUUGAAUGCAGACGUCUCAAAGGUGUCGUCCUAACACUGCCCGAAUAUCGUCUAUCGUUUCAACUGAAGAUAUACGAAGCACCCAACAAAAUCGAAAUGGAGGGCGCUGCUGAGUCGUUAUUACAAACACACAAAUGGCUGAAUGAAAACGUCAGAAACAUAUUAGACGAGUCCGAUGCCAUUUUGCAGCCGAAAUAUCAACUUAUUUACACGUUGGGAGAGCAACUGUCUUUAGAUGGUGGUGCUCAACGGUGGACAGUCAUUCAGGCAUUGUUAAAACAGUUACCAGUUCACCUGUACAAACUGUGGCAACACUUCGGCGAUGAGAAAAUGGAAUUCGACAGCGAUUACGCUAAACAUGGCAAAGUGACCGGAAACGUGACGAUGGAUUUUCGAUCGGAUGUCUUUACGCCGUGUCGAAUUUUUGACGAUCUUGUCUAUAAUCGGCUCAAGUUGAAACUUAUCGACGACAUAUUGGACGGAGUUCUGAGCUUUUCACUGGGACUGGUCCAUCAAACGAAACAAACGCUACGACUGUUACUAGAUGAAGGAGAUGUGUCAGCGAAAGAUUACAACGAUUUACUGAAGGAUCUCUCGUCCGCUCAACAAACGACCAUUUUGAUACUUUGCGGCUUCCUAAGAUUCAAUGUUCUACAACUUGUGCUGAGUAAACGGUGGCGUGUUAACUAUGGCGUGAACGAAAAUGGACCACGAAAAAUGGCAAUACCAUUCAAGGCAAAAGAUGUUGCCGCCGAAAUGACCGAAUUUGGCCAUCCAGACGUGGCGAUAUGCUUAACUCAACUGAGUUACUACUACUCAGGUCUGAACGAAACGCAACUCCGUCAAGUGUUCACAAUAUUGGAAAGUCAACAGAAUUCGGCCGAAAUUUACUCCGGCUGGCUCAAAAGCGUACCAUACCAACUAGUGCACGAAAGCAUACAAUCGUAUACUGGCGUCAAUUUGAGUGAUCCGAAGCAGCGGAAUGAACUGGUUUUUCCGCUGUUCAAGCACAAUAUGUGUGUCAUCGACUUUUGGCUGUCGAAUUUGGUGUUCCCGCGAGAAGCUAAGACAUUCGAACAUAAGCUGAUGUGUACGGCGUGGGAUUUGGUCAGCGAUAAUUUAACGCAUACGGUGUCUGGAUUCAGUGGCACGAACGAUACGAAAAACAUUCUACCGCUGCCGAUUAAACAGAAUGAUUUGAAGAAAUUGGAGCAGACCAAUGACAAUGUUCGCAACAUUCUGUUGCGACCGGAAAACAGUGGCUACCAUCGUCUACCAGCUAAUGUUCGAGGACCACAAAUUCUAAUCUUGCUGGCCAAACGGCGAAUUCCCGUGUUGUUAGAUGCCGGUGCGUGUAUGCUCGAAUUGAAUAACGAGCAAGUCGCAACCCAAUGGCUCAAUUUCGUCGAUUCGAAGCACUUCGACGCUACCGUUUAUUUCAACCGAAAUGAUGUUCUGAUGACCGUCGACCGGAAUGGUGUCCGUACCGAAUUCGACUAUUCGGUUUAUCGUAACAAAUUGGACAGAUGUUUGGUGUACUUGGACGAUUCACAUACCCGUGGCACUGAUUUGAAAUUCCCACUGGGUUGGAAGGCUUGCGUUACACUGUCUGGAGACAUUACUCGCGAUAAAACCGUUCAGGCAUGCAUGCGAAUGCGUCUGUUGGGUAAUGGCCAUUCAAUUGUGUUUUUUGCGUCCUACGAGGCACAUGUUCGAAUACUUGAACGGUGCAACCUUGGUAAUGAUGCGAAACCGACGAGUAAAGACGUCCUUGAGUUCAUUUCUGGGAACAGUAAACGAUUUGAAGAAGAGAAUACUGCCCAUUGGUCGGCUGCUGCGUACAAUUAUACCAAGAAAUUGGUAGCACAUAGAAUCCACGAGAAUUGUGAAGAAGCGGAUGCGUUGCAACAGUUGCAUUUGAAAUGCAAAGACAAUGAAUAUGUCACGCUUAAAGACAUGUAUGGCAUAAAAGAGUCGGCACUGCUCACCCAAAUUUCGAAAAAUCAAUUCGACAAAUUGAUCCAAGCCCAUGAAAACGAAAGCGAAAUUGUUGAAAUGGUCAAAUCCAUCCACGACGGUGUGGGUAAAAAACUAUCUCAACAGGCACCGCGACUGGAACGAUACACUCAAAGUUUCGACGAGGAACAAGAAAAGGAAUUGGAACACGAGCUAGAGGAACAACGUCAAAUUGAAAGACCAGCCCCAGCAACAGCAGUUGUUCCGGUAUUCGACGACCGGUUAGAAAAUCUCAUAAAAAACGGUGUCACAUCGCAAAGUUUCCGCAAAAUGCGAUUUGAAAGGAGCAUUCUGUCGUUUCAUGAAAGUUUGCUGGAUAAGCCGAUGUACGGUGCGUAUCGGGGUAUCACUUCGCCUUGGUCGGAAAAUUUGUACGUCACCAGCGACUUCGUUAAUGUGGUGGAAAGUGGAAAUUCCGAAGAAUAUAUGCGUCCCGUGUGGUGGAUAGCGCACAUCAUUCAUCGCGAAGGCGACGACAUAUUUUUACUGCUGAGUUCAUAUGAGGCCAACAUGUUGCUGCCAUUGUUUCGGAAAAGUACUCGCUCCGCGUUGAUGAGUUAUCGUCCUCGAUUAAGCCAAAUGCACAGCAACUUGUGGAACCAGGAGAGCUUGGAAGUCACUGGCAUUAACACACAUUCUGGCAAUCGCAUUGAAGUGGACGAUGAAGUUCAAAUUGCUAUGUACGCUGGAUCGAUGUACUUUCGCAGUGAGGUCGAACAAAAUGCCUAUUGUGGUUUUAUGGGAUUGAUUCCAACGCCUCGCACGGUUGAACUGGAGCUGGCAUUCGAAGAGGGAAUCAUUACUCCGAAUUCGUACGUGCUGCCGGAGAAUCGUAGUCACUCGGCGGCAAUAUCGCGAUGCGUGAAGAAGUGCAAGUUUCAAAGCAAUCCGGUUGAAUUAGCCGUAAAAAUUAUCGAGGCUCAUCAUUCAUUCAUUCGAAAAGAGUCUCAUGUUUCAGCCAUACUGGAGAAGGCAAUGAAGAAGGGAAUAAAUUAAA